AAUCUUCACAUGUUGACAGAUCUGUGUUCACUGAUGAUUGUAAUUUCAAUGUUAAAUUAUUAAUUAAGAACUUGAGAGAUAUAAUAAUAAAGAAAUUAUCUGUAUCAUAUGUGACUAAGUCUUCUAUAUUCUCUUCUAUUCUCUCUGUUUCUUUCUCUGCUGCUCUCUUUCAAUCUUCUAUAUCUGUCUCUGUGUCUGAUUCUCUCACUUCUACUAUCUCUGUUCCUGUGAUUCUUACUUCUACUACUUCUGCUUUCUCUGUUUCUAUCAUCUCUACUUUCAUUAUCAGCUCUCUCUGUUUCAAGAAGAUAUUGUAUAGACUUAAUGAAUCACAUUUCUUACUCAUUGCUUCAGUAUCAGAGAUCAUUCUAAUUAAAGAUAAUCACACUGCUGAGACUACUCUCUUUCACUCUCAAGCUUCAUCUAUCACUUUCUCUUUCUUCUCUGCAGAGAAGAUUGUAUAUACAUCAGAUUAUAAAU